UUGUCAAUGGAUAAUCAAAGUGCGAGAAAAGAUUGUCCAAAAUGGAAAAUGAAAUGGACUGCUGCUGAUAAGUGGUAGUGUACAGUAUAUUCUUGGUUUAAGCAGAUUUUCCUAUCAACAAUCGCUAUUAAAUUAUCUGUGUUAAGUUACGUGUUUCAUUGAAAAGUUUAAGUAAGAAAAUGUUUGUUAAUAUUCGCCGUUGUGUCUCUAAUGUGCCCUUUCCAUUAUUAUGAAAAUGUGUCAGCAUUCAUCAACAAAUGGUGUAAAACGCGAGUGGUUAGUAGUCAUGUAAAGGAGGUUAGAACUGUUGAUGAUAACUGAAAGUGGACUACUGGAUUUAGAUUAGUGUUUGUGCAGUGAUUUAGUGUUUUAGUCUGGUAAAGGUGUUAAUUCAGACUCAAAAUGGCGGAUCUCGAAGCUGUCCUGGCGGACGUCAGCUAUUUGAUGGCAAUGGAAAAGUCUAAAUGUACCCCAGCAGCCAGAGCAAGCAAAAAGAUUGUUCUACCUGACCCAAGUGUACGAAGUGUUAUGCACAAAUAUAUGGAAAAGAAAAAUGAAGUUAAUUUUGACAAAAUAUUCAAUCAAGUCUUAGGUUAUUUAUUAUUUAAGGAAUUCUGUGAACAAACGUCAGAAGAACCAGUGCCACAAUUAAAGUUUUACGAGGAGAUCAAAUUAUAUGAAAAGCAAGAAUGCGUGGAGGAGAGGCGGCGGAUCGCAAGAGACAUUUACGAUAAUUUUAUUAUGAAAGAACUCCUUGCUCAUUCCCACGAUUAUUCUAAAGAGUGUGUAGCGCAUGUACAGAAAUAUCUAUUGAAACACGAAGUACCACCGAACCUAUUUGAGCCAUACAUUGAAGAGAUAUUUCAACAUUUAAGAGGCGAGCCAUUCAAAAGUUUUCUGGAAAGCGACAAAUACACGAGGUUUUGCCAAUGGAAGAAUUUAGAGCUGAACAUACAACUGACGAUGAAUGACUUCAGCGUACAUCGCAUUAUCGGCCGAGGAGGCUUCGGCGAAGUGUACGGAUGCAGGAAAGCUGACACAGGAAAAAUGUACGCAAUGAAAUGUCUCGACAAGAAACGUAUAAAGAUGAAGCAAGGUGAAACCCUCGCGCUCAACGAGCGAAUUAUGCUCUCUCUAGUCAGUACCGGGGUGGACUGCCCAUUCAUAGUGUGUAUGACGUACGCCUUCCAUACACCCGACAAGCUUUGCUUCAUAUUGGAUCUCAUGAAUGGCGGAGAUCUUCAUUAUCACCUGUCGCAGCACGGCGUCUUCAAUGAGGCUGAAAUGAAGUUUUACGCCGCUGAAGUUAUAUUAGGAUUGGAGCAUAUGCACAAACGUCACAUCGUGUACAGAGAUUUGAAGCCUGCGAACAUCUUACUGGAUGAACACGGUCACGUCAGGAUAUCGGACUUGGGUCUCGCCUGUGAUUUCUCCAAGAAGAAACCUCACGCUAGCGUAGGAACCCACGGCUACAUGGCGCCCGAAGUGCUGUCCAAGGGCACGGGCUACGACUCGUCGGCAGACUGGUUCAGUUUCGGGUGCAUGCUUUACAAACUGCUCAAAGGCCACUCGCCCUUCCGCCAACACAAGACCAAGGACAAACACGAGAUCGAUCGGAUGACCUUGACCAUGAAAUAUAAUGUUCACCAGAACGUGGAACUGCCGGAGUCCUUCAGCCCGAGUCUGAAGAGUCUGCUCGAAGGUCUGCUGCAGAGGGACAUCAACAAGAGACUCGGCUGCAAGGGCAAAGGGGCGGACGAAGUGAAGGAGCACGUGUUCUUCGCCGGAAUCGAUUGGCAACAAGUGUACCACCAGAAAUACACUCCGCCCCUCAUCCCGCCCAGGGGCGAGGUCAACGCCGCCGACGCCUUCGACAUCGGCAGCUUCGACGAGGAGGACACGAAGGGAAUCAAGCUCACCGAAUCGGACCAAGCGCAGUACAAGGACUUUCCCCUGGUCAUAUCCGAACGCUGGCAGAGCGAAGUGGCCGAGACGGUGUUCGAAACCGUCAACCAGGAGGCCGAUAAAAUGGAGAUGAAGAAGAAAUCCAAGCAGAAACAGAAGUUCGACGCCGACGAGAAAGAAUCCGACUGCAUACUCCACGGCUACAUCAAGAAGCUGGGCGGCCCCUUCGCCAGCGCCUGGCAGACUCGAUACGCCAAACUGUACCCUAAUCGCCUCGAGCUGCACCUGGAGAACAGCGCUAAGCCGGAAAUGAUUCUGCUGGACAUAGUCGAGGAGGUCUCCUCCGACCUCGUCUCCGUGAAGGGAGAGCAGUGCAUCGUGCUCAGGACCAGAAACGACACGAAGAUCGUGCUCACCAACACGGACGAAAUCGGUCUGAAGGAAUGGGCGACUUCGCUCCGCUCCGCCCACAAGUGCUCCCAGGAGCUGCUCGCCUCGAUGGCGAAGAAGGCCGGCAAGAUAUACGGCACCGACGGGGCGAAAGAGCCGGCCUCGGGGCGGCCCCCUCCGGCGGCGUCGCCGGCCCUCGCGAGGGCCCCCAACGGGAACAACUAGCACGAGCUUCCCGCGCCCAACAAGGGCGCGAAGAUGUUCCGCCGCUCCAAGAGCGCCGCCCAACUCAUCAAGUGAGCCGACCCUCGGCUCGUCUCCGAAAGUGUGGAGUGAAAGUUGGGCCUCGGAGCUCCGAACCAGUGACAAUUAGAACUGCCAAUUUUGACUAAGAAUGCGGCGCGGGCGCAUUUUUACGUCGGACGAAUCGUGUGAUCUUUUCGAUAAUUUCGUAUUCGUUUGCCCGGACUCGAAACUCUGUAACUACUGUGACUUUCUGGAUGUCGUAUUAACUAUGUGGGUAGGGUUAGGCGUCGUAAAGUUAAAUAUGAACGGUCGACGCGACGUCGAUCGGUCAAUCGGACGUAGCGUUUACGUGUUUUGUGCAAUAGAUCGAUCCUAUUAGUGACGAACGAUUAGAAUUACGCUGCGUAUUAAAUAUUACAUUCGGAUUAGGACUCUCGCACGUAGAGUAUCGUCGUAGAUUAAAUUACUCAAUUUAUUUUAUAUCGACCGGCUCUCUCUCUCGGCGCGAGUGAUUCGUGAAUAAAAAGUUCCUUUUGAUGAAAUACAUUAUACAGCACUGUCCUAUUUAUUAUUUUUAAUUUGUACUUAAAAUUUCCAUUCGGGUCGACGCUCGCUACGUGUUUAAGUUUCGUCGUUAUUUAUUUACAUAGAUUUGACGUAAGUAGGCGUAACUUUUUCUAUUCGUACAGAUACAGGCAAUAAUCUUCUAACGAUCUUUCGAACCGUUCACCGUUUACGGGAUCGACCGACUCUUUUCGACCGUUUCCUUCGUGUCCCGCGGAACUCGACCGCGACUCGAUCGCAUCGCGACGAACGGUUCUAACUGAUGCAGAUUUAGUUCGACGGUUUCUCUCACUAUCGAGAGCGUUAUGAUGUAUAUAUUUAUUAUUUAAUCGUUUUAACUUGCUCUUUUCUAUAUUUAUAAACGAUGUGAGUCAGUUCGUGUAAAGGUUUGCAUUUGUAACGGGAAGUGUGCUCACUGCUACUUAACAUAAUGAAAUAGAAAUAGAUGUACACCAGUGGGCCAAUCUUACGACACCGAUACGAUGGUCUUUUAGAGGUAAAUGAUACUCGAGAGGAAACUUCGACGCGAGUCGGAAUAAAAAUGAAACGUAGCUAGUUUUGAGAGGUUCGUCUUUAGUGGUAGCUCAUAAAUACCUUUUUAGUCCCCUCCUGCCUUUCUCAAUUGUAAUGUAUUGCUUAUAUUACAAAGCUGAGAACAGAUUUUAAAAGAACAGUUUUAUACAGUUAACAAUGUACCCGUUACUGUGGUAUAGUAUUUCUAUUCUUUGUACAUUUUCAAAUUUGUUAUUAGAGAGUUAACGAAGUAACUAAAUAGAAUAGAAUUAGAUUCUAGUCAAUUAAAUGUACGAUACUGAAACCGUUGGAUUAGGGUGAAAUUUAAGUAUAGUGGUGAACGUGUAAGCAGUAUUAUAGGUUAGUUGAAUUGUCAGCCCGUUGUGAUAAUUUUUCAUAUUCUAUGGACACUUCCUAGUCGUUUACGUACAGUUUGCUUAUAAAAUUUAAUAUGAAUCGAUUUUUUUCAUAAAAAUUUGUAACAAUGUAAAUACUGCAAUAAUUCUUUACAUUCCUAGAUCACAAAUGUGUACGAGCAAUAGAAAUGAAUUUACUUUGGAGUCUUGUGCGAGUGCACUCGGUCGGGGCGAAGGGCUAAAUCUGCAUCAGACGUCGAGUCGUCGUAGACACCUCUGUUAGAUAUUUUUAUUGUGAACCUACAUUAUAUGUAGUAAAUUGUUUAUUUAAUCAA